UUUCGAUAUUCUCUCUCUAAUUUCAUCAUCAUAUUCAUUCACAAUGUAUCUCUUUGUAAUACAUUCAGUGCCGUGGCUUUCAAGCUUUUGGUCAAUAUGGGUUGUAUCAUUUCUUAUCGGAGGAAUAAACCGGCGGCACCAACAGGAUUGCCGGAAAACCGUCCUCGUUUCCAUACUCUUCCAUCAGAAAGAAGAAUAGCAAAUGAUCAAGCCCAAAAGGUGACAGAAUUGUUGAAGAUGAGUGAUAAAUUAGGUCCAAAGGAGCUGAAGAGAGAAGAAAGUAUUCUCGUUGUUAAUGUUCAUCCUCGCUCAUCGGAAUUAGCUGCCUCUGGUUGGCCACCGUGGCUUAUUUCUGUAGCUGGUGAAGCCCUUGUUGGUUGGACCCCUGGUCGUGAAUCUCACUUUGAGAAGCAAGAACAAAUUGGGGGAGGAACAUUCAGUAAGGUGUUCAAAGCUAGAGAUCUUCUUCGUAACAAGACCGUGGCUUUGAAGAGAAUCCGGUUCGAUAUCAACAACUCAGAAAGCAUCAAAUGUAUAGCCAGAGAGAUCAUAAUCCUGCGCAAGUUGGAUCAUCCCAAUGUCAUCAAAUUAGAAGGGUUAAUGCUUGUAGACCACGAUUCCUCUACCCUUUACCUGAUCUUUGAGUACAUGGAACAUGACCUCUUGGGACUCUCUUCAUUACUCGGUGUACAUUUCUCAGAACCUCAGGUUAAAUGCUACAUGAGGCAGCUCUUAAGAGGGCUUGAUCAUUGUCACACUAAUCAUGUACUCCAUCGGGAUAUGAAAAGCUCGAACCUUCUGAUCAACGGUGAUGGAGUCCUCAAGAUUGCAGAUUUUGGGUUAGCUACGUUCUUCGAUCCUCAUAACAGUGUUCCUUUGACAACCCAUGUUGCAACUCUAUGGUAUCGACCUCCUGAGCUUUUGCUUGGAGCUUCUCAUUACGGUAUUGGAGUUGACUUGUGGAGCACAGGCUGCGUAAUAGGUGAAUUAUAUGCCGGAAAGCCUAUUCUUCCAGGAAAAAAUGAGACAGACCAACUGCACAAGAUAUUCAAGUUGUGUGGAUCGCCUUCAGAUGAUUAUUGGACAAAACUAAAGCUACAGCUUUCAACUCCACUGAGACCCAUCUAUCCAUAUGGAUCACAUAUAGCAGAGACAUUUAAACAGUUUCCAGCUUCAGUUAUUUCGCUCUUAGAAACUUUGCUCUCAAUAGAUCCAGAUUUCCGAGGCACUGCAGCUAGUGCUCUCAAGAGUAAAUACUUCAAAACUGAGCCAUUGGCUUGUGAUCCAUCUUGUCUACCAAAAUACCCUUCAAGUAAGGAAAUCAACAUCAAGAUGCGCGAUAACACUAGAAAACAAGCUUCACAAAUAAGAAGAACAGACGAAGCUCAAGCUGUUCAGCCAAUUCUAGCAGAUUCGUCUCCCACAAAGCCGAUGCAGAGAAAGUCCUCAAAUUCCAAGAGCAGAGACAGUUCACUUACAAAGUCUUACGAGGAAGACAAGACUUCCAGUUUACCGGACCAUUCUGCUGGGAAAAUGCAAACAUCUACAGACAUGAUAACUGAAGAUGAAACUAACGCGAAAGUCUCUUACAUGGACCCAUCUACAGAAGAACCGAAUCUAGGCGGAUCAGUGAAUAUGGAGGAACGCAUACCUUGGCCAAUGAGUCCAUCUACACUUCACCCAACAGCAUUUCUGCCUAGCCUUUACGAGAAUGGAACAUCUUCGUCGGGAGGACUAGGAAUCAGACCCACACUGAUUGAGAAUUAUACUGUCAUUUAGAUUCAAUAUAGAGAAAAUAGACAGAUUCAAAC